AUGAAGAGGGUAUUCUCAUCUACUCAGGCAAAUCGCCUUUACACCAGGAUGGAGAAAAAUUUUCUUCGUGAGAGGAUUCAUACAUCUAGACGAGACUUAGCAAAGGUAGACAGGGAAUUGAUCGACCUAUUUUAUAUCCUUACCGCCAACAUGCAACCUGUAGACUGGGACAAGAUUGACGGAAUAACAUACCAAAAUAUGCAAAAUGAAUUGGAAAGAACAUCAGCUCGCCAGAAGAUCAAAUAUGAAAAACUGCAACCAAAAACCAAGCCGGAAUAUAGGAUAUCUCUUGAACCUGCUCGAACCGUGGUGAAUCUCACAGAUAAGACCCUUACGACAUCAGAAGUAACAUUAUUAGCGAAGGGAGGAAACUUUGCCAUAACACCGAAAGUGGUUCCAGUGGAAGACAUUAUUGCCGGAACAGAAGCUGCCAUACGUAACCUUCCUAACAGUAUCGCAGACGAAAUCCGAUUUGAAACGGUCAACAUAUUGAGAACUGCUAAGGCUCCAAAAAGUAAUCUGUCUAGGGAAGAACAUCAGGCUCUAAAAUCGCUGAAUGCUGACAAGGACAUUCUGGUCUUACCGGCAGACAAGGGGAAUGCUACGGUAGUAAUGAAGUCUGAGGAUUAUAGGUCCAAAAUCGAGGAUCUACUGGAGCCCCAGACUUAUAAGUUACUGAAGAAGGAUCCUACUGCCUUAAUUGUCAGAAACACCAACAGACUCAUCAAGGCCUCCUCACUCCCGGAACAUCUGAAAUCAAAAUUAAUUAACUCGGAAGCUCAACCACCACGCCUUUAUGGACUACCAAAAAUUCAUAAAGCUAGUGUCCCACUUAGACCGAUAGUGAGUGCUCCAGGAUCGCCUACUUACAACUUAGCUAAAUACUUGACUACGAUCCUACAACCGAAAGUCGGCAACACAAACUCUUAUGUGAAGGACUCAACGCAUUUCGUCCAAAAGCUAAAAGAUAUAAAACUGGAACCAUCUGACAUCAUGGUAAGCUUCGAUGUGGUAUCUCUAUUCACGAGAGUACCCCUAGGCGAGUCAAUGGAUCUAAUCAAGGAAUCAUUCCCACCUGACAUCGCGGAGCUCUUCCGAGUGUGUCUGACUGGUAGCUAUUUCUUAUGGAACGGCAAUUACUACGAACAAACAGAAGGUGUCGCAAUGGGUAGCCCAAUCAGCCCAAUAAUUGCUAAUUUCUUUAUGGAGAGAUUUGAAGAAAAAGCGCUAGAGUCAUCCGUUCUGAAGCCCGCUGUAUGGUUUCGUUAUGUGGACGAUACAUUUGUGGUUUGGAAACAUGGACGUGACAGCCUAGAUGACUUCCUUCAUCACCUUAAUUCGCAGAGCCCGAGCAUAAAAUUUACCAUGGAAACCGAAGUAAACAACCAACUGGCCUUCCUCGAUGUGCUUGUCAAGAGAAAUGGCGACCUUUUGGAUCACACCGUGUAUCGAAAACCCACUCAUACAGACCGGUACUUACACAAACUAUCAAAUCACCAUCCAAGCCAAAAACAGGGGAUUAUCGGAACAUUAGCAAAUAGGGCAAGACGUAUCUGUGCUAAUGAACACAUCCAAGAGGAACUAAGUCAUUUAAAUAAAGCCUUUCUUGCCAAUGGCUAUAAUGACAGAGAAAUAAAGGCGGCGCUGGCACCUAGGCAGAGGAGACCUGACGCCAAUGAACAGGAAAACAUCAUUAAUAAGGCCUUCCUUCCAUAUGUUUCCCAGGUCACCGAUAGGAUUGACCAGCAAAAGACAAAAGAGAACCAUUAUCCUCUGCAGGGAUCUACCGUAUACCUUGUUCCUGCGGUAGCGUAUAUAUUGGAACUACCAAACGCCUCAGGAACGAGACUUACGGAACACAAGAGAAACUGCAGAUUAGGGCAAACAGAGAAGUCAGCCGUAGCAGAACAUGCUCUAAGAGAUGGUGACCACAAAAUCCAAUUCGAGGACACCCAAGUCAUUGCCACAACAUCUGGAUAUCAUCCUCGUCUGGUCAGGGAAGCUGUUGAAAUUCACAAACAUCCAAAUAAUUUCAACAGGAAGGAAGAAACUUUCUACCUUAACAGAAUUUGGCAUCCAGCUAUAUCUAGGACCAAAGUAGCAGCACAGAGAAGUAGACCAGUUCCGGAAGAACUACCACCCGAACAAGCCACGCCCCUCCGCCGACGCAUAAAUACAAGCGCUACGCCGACAAAUCUUGAAGAGUUUACACCUUGGAUGUCGCUGGAUAAUAAAGAAGGAAACUAUGCUCGUCAUGAUAGACAAAAACAUGCUAGUGGAGAAGAGACUAUUACAUAA